UAGCUAACCCAUCGAAAGUGUGAACUUGCACCGACCAUUGUUCGGAUUAACCCAUGUCCGUAACCUUGAACACCGCGAAAGAGAUGAUAUAAAAGUUAUGUCAGAAAUUAACCCAUUAUUCUUCGUGCAGGUGUGCCGGCAAAAUGAAUCUUCAACUAGACUUAAAACCCCUUUUAAUUUUCUUCGUUUUGGUGGUGUCGGCUUUAAGUGCCCCAACCCCUUGGGGUCAUUGGGGCCAUGGUGGUUACGGACACGGUGGUAUAACCAUUAUCGCAGUUAAGAAAAUUGGUGGUUAUGGUGGUUACGGUGGUUAUGGGUACCCACACUACCAUGGCUAUGGGGGCGGCUACGGGGGCGGAUUCGGUAGGGGCUACGGAGGUGGUUAUGGCAAAGGGUUCGGAGGCGGAUAUGGAGGCGGCUACGGGGGCGGUUUCGGCGGCGGUUAUGGUGGCGGAUUCGGCGGAGGGUUCGGUUUUGGGGGAGGUUUCGGUGGAGGAUAUGGAAAAUAAACCUCCACAAGUGUAUAGGCUAAUUAUUUUGUACAAAAUGUAUUUUUUAUAAUGACCCACUUAAAUAAAUUUUUUUCGUAUA